AUGCUAAAUUAUCCAAGAUGGGUGCCGAAGGAAUUAGUAGUUGGAUAUAUUGGUCAUGGUGUUUAUGAUCUUCUACCUUGGCAACAGCAAGUAUUGAGCAAACGGACUUUGCGAGCUCCUCGUUAUAGUAACUUGGUUUUUUCUGCCCCAACAAGUUCCGGCAAAACAGUUGUUGCUGAAUUAAUUGCUGUAAAUACCGUUCUCCAAUUACAGCGUAAGGCAGUAUUCAUUUUUCCUUAUGUCUCUGUUGCCAAAGAGAAGUUCGUUACGUUACAGAAAAUAUGGCGAUCAGUCAAUCUCCGUGUGAGCGCAUUUAUGGGUCAAUAUUCAGCCUCACUCCAGACUUGGGAUGUAGCAGUAUGUACAAUCGAAAAAGCAAACUCACUGUUGAAUCGUAUGACUGAAGACAAGACUGUUUUAGAUAUUGGCGUAUUAGUGAUCGAUGAAUUUCAUAUGCUGUUUGAUACAAAUCGAGGUUUACUACUUGAGCAAAUAGUUGGAAAGGCUUUAUAUAUUUCUCAUGUUUUAAAGUACGUCGAAACACAUGUCAAAGUGAUCAAAUUACUAAGAUACCUGAGUGCAACUCUGCCAAAUUUGGAUGAAUUAGUUGAUUGGCUGAAUGCUGAAAAAUAUGAAACACAAUUCCGACCUGUACAUUUGCAAGAAAUGAUAUUAUGUGAUGGUCAUUUGCACGAUGCCAUGACAUUAGAAUGUAUGCAAAAGGUUGAAACCGAAUAUACAUUUUCAAAUGAUGUAGGACAUAUCAUUCAGCUUUGUUCAGAAUCUAUUGCCAGACGUGAAUCAGUGUUGCUAUUUUGCAGCUCAAAAGCAGAAGCGGAGAAAAUUGCACUAGCAAUAUCAAAUUAUUUGCAAGACUGCUGCAUGUCUAAUACUAAUCAGAAGCUUAUAUCAUCUUUAGAUUGCACAAGAUUAAAAAACUUGAUGAUUUCGCUAAACAAUGAAGUACAAUGCAUAGAUGAUAUUUUGUGCAAAACAAUUCCAUUCGGAAUAGCAUUUCAUCAUGCUGGUUAG